AUGGCUAGUGAUGCAUGCUCCUCAAACACGAGACGAGGCAUAGUCGAAGCCGGCAGACAACAGGAACUGAUAGCUGGAUAUGCAAGUUCAAUUUCGCUGCAACCUAGGGAUGUAAAAGAUGGUGUGGCCCCAAAAUGCUUCUGCGAAAAAUAUGCCAUCUGUUACAUGUCUAAGACAGACACUAACCCGAAUAGGCUAUUUUUUGGAUGCCCAUUGUUAAAGGUGACAGAAGCACAUUGCAAAUUCUUUCUCUGGGUUGAUGACCACAUUGUAAGGGUCAGAGAGGGGGAGGCUACAAGGGGAUCGAGUGAUGGGAAGCAGAAUCAUGUUGAAGAACAUUUGGGAAUGGAUAACCUGAUAGUACAUGUAGAGCAAAGAAUAGUAAACCUAGAGAAGCUACUGAACAGAAAAAGUAUACAAGGAGAGUUGAGGAAGAAGACUAGAGAAACAGCUGCAAGAGAGAAGGAGGCUUCAUCAACAAAGUCUAACCAUUAGAUCAAAACUGGAACCUGAAGCACCUCUAUUAGGUUGAGAAACUUAAGAAUAAUUUCCUUCUUUCAGAAUUUUUUUGCUAGAAUAUAGACACACAAUUGCUUGAAGCUUUUAAAGCAAAAAUUGUCGAUGUCGUUUAUUUGAUAUGGGCA